GUCUGUCACAUUUCACGCUGACACCAAGCGAACACGGGGAGCAUACAUACACAAGGCUCCGAAUAUUAUCGAGAGGUCGGAGCAGGGAGUACUGUAGGGGAAUACACAUUGAAGGUUGACCACUUUACCAUCCUGCUUGCGUUCUGUCUGCCUCUCUGGCCGGGCUAAGUGGUACUAUUUUCAAUGGGACAGCAUACCAAAUCUUGGUUCAGUACACAUCGCAAGUGACAUUUUGAAAGAGCUUUUCUGUAGCGGAAAGCGAAAAAAGAUACAGAAAGAAAGGAAAUCCCCGAAAGGAAAUGCCAAUCGCAGCCGCUGGUCAACCAACGACUCAGGAGCCCCGAAUUUACUCCCGGCUACCCGCCACCCCCGAGCCCGUGCCUAAAGGGGGUAAUUUAUGUGACGAGGCGGGGGCAGAGUCGCCGGAGCGAACAGAAUACGGGGGCGCGGAGGGGGCUAUAGGACUCGGGAGCUACAGUUUCAGCCAGAGCGGCGCUAGGGGCUUUCUACCGCCCGGAUCCGCCAACGUUUGUCCGCCGCAAUCCCCUCCCACGUCCUCCCCACUUGCCGCCUCUAUCUUCUAUCCCCACCUCUACCAACAACCUCAACCAAUUAACAUGGAGCCUCCUAGGACUCGAUCGCGUUCUCGGUCUGGAUACUACCAGCAGUACGGCGUGAGCGGUGGAGGUGGGAUCGGUAAUGGAAUUAACACCAGCGGGGGGACGGGACCUACCCACCACCAACACCAACAGCAGCAGCAGCAACAGCAGCAGCAGCACAACGCGGGGUGCGCGCCGCUCGGGUCUCAGGGCAACCAUUCAGAGAACCAGCGAGCCCCAGGAACUAACGUCUCCCCCGGUGUUCCAAGGCACUCGGGGCUGGCUGGAACGCAUCGCAUCUCGGCAGCAGGAGCCAUCGGAGGACCCUACCAUGGCUGCGGAGAGGAGAGUGACAAGAGUGAGGACAGCCCCAGUCCCAAGCGCCAACGGCUCUCCGGCCAAUCGGUGUUGGACCUGUCCUCCGUGGCCCCGCCCUCCACCCCCUCGCCCCCCAUGCGGCCCUGGGAGUUGCCGCCCAGCCGGAGGCCGCACCCCUUCCCCCACCACCCCCCUCACUACCCCCCGGAGCGCUGCCUCACUCCCGCCCGCCACCGACGGAGCCCACCGGCCCGACGCCAGCGUGGCCGCCUCUCCCGCCCCCCACGCCACGUGCCCCCCCACCCCCACCACCCCUCCCCUCCGGGGGCUCGUGGAGGAGGAGGAGGAGGGGGGGGUCUGCCACCCGACCUCCGUCAGGACGAGAACUACCGCCUGCACCACCACCCGUCUCCCCCCCCACCGCCGCCACCACCCCUCCACCCUCACCUCUCCCACCACCCCUCCUCCGCCCUGCCCCACCCAGGCUACCAGCCCCCGUCAGCCUACGGCGGGCAGCCUUCCGGAGGCGGGGGCGCCGAGGAGCCUCGAGCCUUCCACCCCUCUGCGCUGUCGCCGCGGCUACUGCACCCGGCCGCCCACGCUCACCACACGCAGCAGCAGGGUGCCAUGGUGAUGGACCUGCAUGAACAGUUGCAGCAGGGUACCGUCCCUGUCUCGUACACGGUGACCCCGGUCCCACCCCACGGCUUAGCCCCGCCCCUGUGCACGGGGCAGCACCUCCCCCAGGCCUGCUCCUCCCAGCCACAGGUCCCCCCCUGCAGCGUGGUGUUCAGCACCGGACAGCACUACCACCCGAUGUUGCAGGCCUGUUCAGUGCAGCACCUGCCGGUCCCCUAUGCCUUUCCCUCCCUCCUCUCCAGCGACCCCCCCUUCCUGCUCCACCCCCCCCACCUCUCGCACCACCCGUCCCACCAUCUGCCCCCGCCGGGGCACUUCCUGCCCUUCCAGACACAACAGCCCCGAUCGCCUUUACAGAGAAUUGAGAACGAGGUGGAGCUCCUGGGGGAGCACCUGUCGGUGGGGGGGUUCAACUACCCCCACGGGGCUCCCCACCCGUCCUCCCUGCCCCCCUCCACCCCCCUCCAGUUCCUCUCGCACGACCCCCUGCCCCAGGAGCUCUUCGGAGUGCCCUACCCCCACUUCAUGCCUCGGCGAAUCACGGGGCGGCGCUACCGCUCCCAACAGACGGUUCCCCCGCCACCCUACCACCCCAGCUUCUUGCCUUACUUCCUGUCAAUGCUUCCUGUGGCUCCUACAGUGGGUCCAACUACCAUAAGUCUAGAGCUGGACGUGGAUGAUGGGGAAGUGGAGAACUAUGAGGCUUUGCUGAACUUGGCGGAGCGCCUGGGAGAGGCCAAGCCUCGCGGUCUGACCAAGGCUGACAUCGAGCAGCUGCCUUCCUACCGCUUCAACCCCAACAACCACCAGUCAGAACAGACCCUGUGUGUGGUGUGUAUGUGCGACUUCGAGUCCCGUCAGCUGCUGCGAGUGCUGCCCUGCAACCACGAGUUCCACGCCAAGUGUGUGGACAAGUGGCUUAAGGCCAACAGGACCUGUCCUAUCUGCCGGGCUGAUGCCUCAGAAGUUCAGAGGGAUUCCGAGUGACCUUUGACCUCCCUGCCCUCCAGCUUCCUGCUUCCUGCUGGACAGUUGCCCAGGGAUCAGCCCCCCCCCCCCCCCCCCCAACACCAACACAAGAGGAAACCCAUCCUGUAAGGGCAGAUGUUAGACUGGUGGGACAAUGACCUAAGCGUAGACGGAAUCCUCUCCACCUCUCUCUCAUUCGCCGAAUCCCUCAAAAAAUGUCCCAAGCCCCUCCCACAAUCGCCAUGAUCAUUGCCACGAUGGACUUCUUUCAAGCCACCUGGUGUAGGACGGACAGAAACACAAUGAACUGAAAAACUGUGUAGUUUUACCACAAACCUAAUGGAAAAUUGGAAGUCCAAAGAUUAUGAGUUAAAUUCUUGUUUUUGUUAUUCUGAUCACCUGUUUCGGGAUCCUGUUGUUUUUGGUUGUUGUUUUUCAAACUGCAUUGUUUAUUUACUUUUGGUGUGUGUGUGUACUAACAUUCCUGGUUUAAGCAGUUGAGUGGUCGACAGUUGUGCAUUAUUGUAUGCCGAAAACAUAUGUAAAACUAAAAGAAAUGAAGAUUCAGAAUGGAAAAGGGUUUGUUUGUGAGUGUGCAUGCGAGAGAUUGAGACUCUUCCGUGUUAUUUAUACAGUAUGUGUGGUACAAUACACUGGCUUCCUGCUCUCACGUCUGUCUUCAAUGUGAUUGGCUGAGGCUGCACGCUGACACAGGAAGAGUUUUUGUAGACGGGGAAGAGGCUGAAAGAGGAGGAUUGUUGAAAGUGUAGUUCCAGAAGGAUAGAAUGCAUGUGUUCACUUUGCCUCGGCUUGUCUCUUCCUUAUCACUCCCUCCUUUUAGUUUGUCUCCUCCUUCUCCUUUCCUCAGCCAAACAACGCUUAGGAGAAGCUUACGCUUGCGAUGCAACCUUUCACUCGACCAAACACUCUCCUUGCUGCAGAGUUCUGACCCUACCAAGAUGGCUGCCCCCAAGUCACAGUGAGAGAGAGAGCAGGCUCCUGUCACCGAGGUCUUAAUGUGUUGGGAUGAGUAGUGGGAUGAGUUUGCUGUAGUCACUCAAGACCUAGAGGUCUUAGUUGUUGGUGUGGUUUGGUGUGGGUUUCACUUCACAGGUUUAUUUUCAUGUGGUGAAAAGGGGAGUGGUUUAACUUUGCUAUUCACUAGUAUUCCAUGAACCAGCGCUUGGUGGAAUAAGCCUACAUUUAUUUUUAUUUUUUUCACCCCUCCCUUUCUCAUCUGGUGUGUACAAGUUUGGUGAGGAAUGCUUCGAGUUUUGAUUUCAGUCACAAACGAGCACAAUGUGACCUUGGGUUAUGUAGCAUGGUAGCAUUAUUUGUAGGUUGGAUGUAUGUCUGUGCCUGUUGGUUGAGAAGUCUUUGUCUCUGGACCCAGUGACACACACACAUCUGAACAGCAUCUGUCAAACUGCCUCAACACUUCACUCUCACACCUUUGACCUCACUCUGUCUCUCUUUCUUCCUCUAUGGCGUCCCCCCCCCCCCCCUUCCUUCCCUCCUUUGAUUGCAUCUAAAUCCCUCACACACACUCCCUCUUCAUCCAUCCGUCACAUUCAUUACCGGCAUUUUACACCCCCUUUUCUGUGAUCUGUUCUAAAAAUCGAAACAAAACUUUGAAGAAUGUCAUACAAAUGCUAUGUAAAGGACAGUGUAUUUAAACACCAGAGUGAGACAGGCACCCGCAGUGUCUUAUUAAGAGAUGCCUUUAACAGAUAACCGUUCUCAGAGCUGGCGUUGCCUCUGUCGGCUGACUCCAGGUCAGACUUACUUCACCUAAAUUUAUUGAAAAGGGGAGGGGGGGGGGGGGGGGGCAUCUCCCUCUCCCUGCCCCAAACCAAUCACCAGUGUUCUAUAGGCCAGUGUCAAGAGGUCAUAUCCGUGGCAGCGUUUUCUUUUUCUUUUUUUACCCAAGUGGCGAAUGACAGUGGUUGUAACUGCCAUGUACAGCGUCCAUUUUGUGUCAUAGGAUUGUUGUCAUUAGUGUUUCUCCUGCUCAGUACACUAGCAGUUACCUCGUUUCACUAUUUAUAUAUACCAAGAAUACUCAACCGUCAUGCGAGCAACUGAAUUUCAUUUUGUUGAUCGUUGAUAUUUCCGCCAUGUUUUGUUUUUUUGUUGUCGGGAUGUUAAGAAUCUUUUUUUUUUUUUUAAGUACACGCAACUAUAUAUCAUUUAACAUGAUGUCGUUUUUUUAUGUAUGAUAUCUGUAACCAAAAUCAUUUGAAGGCUUGAUAUGAAAUUUUUAACAAAACAUUUGUAAAUUUUUUAUGAGAGUUAUCACUAGUAAUGCUUUACUAAGUAGUGCAAUGAAUUUUUAUUUUUAAUCCCUUUACUUUUUGUCUUUUUGGAUUUCAAAGGGUGGUCCAAUAAUAAAUGUAUAACGUCCUCUUCCA